UCAAAAGUGUGCUUCGCACCUCGGCCCAGUUCCAAGCGCCGCUAAUGUGAAUUGACGUAGGCUUUUUGGCCCAUGCGCUCUGCCGUAGUAGGAAAGAUGGCGACCGUAGCACUGGUUAGCCGUCCUGCGAGUGUCCUUCCCAAGAUUUCAAGUAGCUGCUCCCCUGCUGUGCUUUCAGCUGCCUGCGUCACCAAAGUCCAGCAGAGGAAGCUACACCAUGCUGUCGUCCCCAAAGGUAAAGGAGGGCGCUCCUCCUCCAGUGGAAUAGCGGCAACAGUGUUUGGUGCUACAGGCUUUCUGGGUCGAUACGUGGUCAACAGGCUGGGUCGCAUCGGCUCUCAGGUUGUUAUCCCUCACCGUUGUGAUCAGUAUGACGUCAUGUACUUGAGGCCCAUGGGGGAUCUUGGACAGAUCAUUUUCAUGGAUUGGGAUGCGAGGAACAAAGACUCCAUCAAACGGGCCUUGGAAAACUCUAAUGUUGUCAUCAACCUUGUCGGCAGAGAGUGGGAAACGAGCAACUACCUCUUCGACGAUGUCUUCGUGACCAUCCCUCAGCAGAUUGCCAAGGCGGCCAGAGAGGCUGGCAUCACAAAGUUCGUUCACGUGUCCCACCUCAACGCUGACAUACGCAGCCAGUCCAAAUACCUGAGGAACAAGGCUGUAGGCGAAGCUGCAGUUAGAGACGAGUUUCCCGACGCCAUCAUCAUGAAGCCGUCUGAGAUGUUUGGCCGGGAGGACCGCUUCUUCAACUAUUAUGCCAACAUGCGCUGGUUUGGCAAUGCUACUCCGCUCAUAUCCAUGGGAAAGAAGACCGUGAAGCAGCCCGUUCAUGUGGUGGAUGUGGCUAAGGCCAUCAUCAGUGCUGUCAGAGACCCUGAUGCUAAUGGCAAGACGUAUGCAUUAGUGGGUCCCAACCGUUACCUCCUCCAUGACCUGGUGGAGUACAUCUAUGCCGUGGCACACAGACCUUUUGUGCCCUACCCGUUGCCUCGCCCGCUCUAUCAUCUUGCUGCUAGGUUUUUCGCAAUGAGCCCAUUUGAACCCUGGACAACCGCAGACAAAGUGGAGAGGUUUCACGCAACAGACAUGAAGUACCCAGGACUCCCCGGUCUGGAGGAUCUUGGCAUCACCCCCUCCACCGUCGAACAAAAGGCAAUUGAGAUUCUGCGUCGUCAUCGCAGAUUCCGUUACCUUGAAGCUGACCUGGAUGAGACGAGGCCAGCCAAGACGGUCAAUUACUAAACUACCAGCAACAUUCGGGCAGUACCGCUGAUUGUUUGGUCUUCAACCAUAUUCUGUAAAUAAAUAAUAAAAAUCCUCUAACCAUUA